CCAGUGGCGGGAUUUUUAUAUGGUGAAACUAAGUACGUAGGCAAACGCUACUCUUCUCUGAAACGUUACUGCAUAUGAUAUGGACGCGGACGAGCUCCUGCACAAUGCCAGGGCUCUCGCGAGGCACGCGGCGGAGUGCGCGCGCGUCGUCCCGCCGCAGGCCGCGCUGGGAAUGCGAUGCUCGGAGGCCGCGAUGGGGCAGCUGCUGGACGAGUGCGAGGAGCAGUUCAGCCAGCUGCAGCAGCUGCAAAACGAAAUCACCAUGACAAAGUCUGAUUCCCUUGAAACCUCAAGAGACGAGACUGUGAACCGUGUGAACGCUCUUGCAGCAGAGCUAAAGCAGUGGAUGGAAACUGAACCAAAAUUGCUGUCUACAAACUCUGAAAUAUUGCUUACAGUUGGAAAAGAAGAGUUGUUGCAGCUAAACACACAACUUGAGAUGGUUUUCUCUUGUUCUCAAGCAAAGAGGAAUAAACUGAAAGAAGUUUUAAAAAGUGAGCAGAAGUGGUUAGAAGAAAAAAGAGAGGUAUUAAUGGCUGUCACUGAACAAGUAACUGCAUUGCAACAGGAAAACGACAAGUUAUCUGAAACAAGUGUGCUGCAUGAUAUGAAAAAGAAAAUCCAAAAAGUAAAAGAAUACCAGGAUCAUUUGCUGGAUACAUUAAGUGACGUCCUGGAGGAACACUUUCCACUUCCUCAACAGGCAGGAAAUACAAACAAGAAGAAGAAGAACAGUUCCAUGGAACCAAGGAAAGAUCUUAUUUCACUGCACAAUAUUCUUGAGCUUCUAAUGAACAAAACAGUGGAAACGCCACAUGAACCUUAUGUGGUCAUUGAUGAGACGUUUUGGCCUCCAUACAUAGAGAUGCUGCUUCGAUAUGGAAUUGCCUCAAGGCAUCCUGAUGACUACUGCAGAAUUCGGUUGGAAGCAUUUUAUUAGAAAUUCUCAAAAAAACAAAAAAGAAUAAUCUAGCCCUUGUUCAUUUAUCAUGUCAUGGUCAUUGCUGUUUCAUGUGUUUUGAAAUGAUGUGCAUAAAAUGUACUUAGGUGGUUGCUUUUACAGGGGAUUUGACCUUGAAAUAUUAUAUUCUACUUUUACAUUUCUAUAUAUUCAUCCUAUAUGUGUUACA